UUUCACUGUAGGGUAGGCGAUGAACCGACGUUCCAGCGACCCAGAGAAGCAAGCCCUGCACGAAGUAGAAGAACGGCUUGAAGCCUCGCACGUGGAGAAGAGGACGGCUGUCGAAAAAGAGGAAGGCUCCGAAGGGGAGCGUUGUUCAAGAGGAAGAGAAGGAAGAGGAGGAGGUGGGGGAGCAGUGUUCGGAAGAUAGAAGACGAGCGUGCGGUCCGGGAUCCGCGGCACACGGCGCCGAGGGGCCCGAGGAAGCGCUUGGGUGCUCGUCGAGAUGGCCGACGCAGCAGCGGCAGCAGCGGCGGGAACGGAGACACGCUGGCAGCAGGUCACCGGGGAUGAGAAGCAGCAGGAGGAGCACCUGCUCAUCCGGCACAUGCGUCCCGACGAGAUCAAGCAGGCCAUGGACAUCUGGAAGGAACAGGGGCUGGAGGAGAGCGAGAACAACGUGAGCACCUUCUACCAGGUGGACCCCGAGGGCUUCUUCGUCACCGUCGACACGAGGACAGGUCAGGUGGUGGCCACGUGUGCCUGCGUGCGCCAGCAUGAGUCGCUCUUCUUCGUGGGCAUGUACGCGGUGCGCAAGCACCUACAGGGGCGAGGCAUUGGCAUCCGCAUCUGGCGCGCCAUGGCCAAGCGCCUGGGCGACUGCAACGCUGGCCUCAACGCCGUGCCCAAGCACCUCAGCACGUACCGGGACCGCGCGGGCUUCGGCCACCUCGACACGUGGAACACGCUCGUCUACAGCGGCACCGCCGUCAACACCGACAAGCUGGCGCGGCCCACAAAUGAGUUGCGCGCUGUGCCCGUGAGCGCCAGCCUUUUGCCCCAGGUGAUCGCCUACGACGCCCUGGUGCACUGCUACAACCGCGAGAAGGCGGUCACCUACACCGUGUACGACACGGACGGCUUCGCUCGCGCCGUGGUCCGGCGGCGGCCCGACGGCAGCGAGGUCGUGUGCGGCUUCGGCAAGAUCGGCACCAACAUCCUGGGCGGCGCCAUGAUGGGGCCCAUGUACGCCGAGGACCGCCAGGCGGCCGACGUGCUGCUGCGCGCGCUGGUGGACGGGAACCCGCUGACGCGCGUCAGCCUCACCAUGAUGGUGGUCGACUGCAACCCGGACGGCGUCGCCUUGGCCGAGGAGCUCGGCCUCAAGUCGGGCAUGCGCGUGCCCCGGUGCUACCGCAAGGCCAUCGUGCCGGCCCGUUUCGAGCAUAUAUUCGCGCAGCACGACCUCAACUUCUCGGCCUUCUAAGAGGAAGCCGCGCGUCCCGAAUGCACCUCGUUCGGCUAGGGCGGCGAGUGACGCAACGACGUUGAGCCCGGUGUAUACAACUUCGCCGGGAGCACAUUGCCUCUCGGCGUCCUCGCCGCUCUGUCAGCGCGCGGGAGGUCUGAACAUGACUUGGGCUCCGUAAAACAUGUCUGUCGCACCCUCGCGGCGCUGGCGGAGAAUGGGCAAGCGAACACGCAUUCGACGUAUUCGACAGGAGGCGAUCGAGAGCCAAUUCGUGUCGGCCCCUGUUGUAAAAUUUCGUCGGCGCAUAGCUCGGUUUUUGUGCGAAUGGAAGUCCACAACAGUUUUGUGUUGGACGAGUGCGCGCAUGAAACAUGUGCAAAUAAAUCCAGUCGCUUCGCUUGAAGAGAUAA